AUGCCUCGACGGCUACUUGUACUUCUAGUCUACUUGUCCCCUAUAUUUGGCUAUGUAACAGUAACCAAAUACACUAUUGGCAAUCGAACUUAUUAUGAACGGUUCGAGCAGCCGUGGUUCAAACACAUGCAUUAUGAUCAUGAAAGGGUGAAAGCCUCCGAGAAAGAGCAUUCGGCAUUCGGAAAGCAUUUUGUGCCGGAGAAUGACGUGUUCAUUGCGCCCGAUUGGUCCGAGCGCGAAGCAAAAUAUCUGCAUUGUCUGAAUCGAACAUGCGUUUGCGGAUAUUUCAAAGGGAAAGUGUUCAAUGAUGAGUGCGUUCUGCCAAACGGAAGGCCUCUUCAGCGAGCUGUACGAAAAGAAUUACGGGCGCUUUCGAACGAAGAACGCAAAAUGAUUGAGGGAGCUUGGAAUGUGAUGAAAUCGAGUGGACUGUACAAUCGAAUCGGACGCGUCCACAAAUAUUCGGGCGUUCAUUCGGGUCCCGCAUUCACCAUAUGGCAUCGCGAAUUUCUGAAGAGACUCGAAAUUGUUCUACGCGAAUAUCUACCAGAUCCCGAUUUUGGGAUUCCAUAUUGGGAUUCGACGCUGGAUUCAUUGCUUCCCGACCCAAAAGAAUCGAUCAUUUUCAGCGAAAUUUUUUUGGGAGAGGUAGACGACGAUGGAUUCGUGAAGAAUGGUCCGUAUCAUAAUUGGGAAACGAUGGAAGGUCGAUCACAGAUUCUACGCAAAUUCGAUUACGACGAAUCCGGCGAAGUGCUGAACAAUCCGAGAGUGGAUUGGAUUAUCAACAAUCCAGACAUCAAUAUGGUUCUUGGCACGACAUUACCACUUACGACCUGCCCAAUGAAUCACACGCUGGAUGCAAGAAUGCUCGAGUUUUCUCAUGAUUAUGUUCACUUUUUUGUCAACGGAGAUAUGAGCAAAUCGUAUUCGUCUUCCAAUGACAUCGUUUUCGUUUAUCAUCAUUCGAUGAUUGACUGGAUAUUUGAAGCGUGGCGUCAAAACAAACAGACGCGAAUUGAACGCGAAACAGAAUAUCCGAAAAGCGACGACCGUUGCUUCCCGUUUUGGCAUUUCUUCGAAAAUGAGAUGCCUCUUCUGCAGCCGCUUCGCAACUCGGACGCCUUGUCGAACGGCUACACGGAUUAUAUGUACGAGUUCGCGCCGAGACCCAGUUGCACGCGAGACAAUCAAGAUUGCAAUUCGGAAUAUUUAUUCUGUUUUGUUCCGAAUGUCGAUGAAGAGCCGCCAGUUUGUGUGAGCAAAGUACGACGAAACGGGCGAUGCGACGGAUUUGAGAAUUAUCCGAUUUGCUAUUGGGGAUCGUGUGUGGAUGGAAGAUGCACGGAGGAAAAGCAGAAAAAGAAGAAGGAAAAAACGGUGAACACAAACUUGAAUAAAUGGAAGAAAUUUGGGAAACAAUUAUUGAAUUUCGCAAUGUAG